AUGGACCUAUUGCCUGUUUUCUUGGCAUCUGCGGCUGAUUUAGUUCAUGUUCUAGCCAAAAAAGUGUGGGCCCGUAAAAGGGGAAAGCGAGGAGGCCUGCUCGUGCGUCUUAGGAGGAGAGGAGCGCGCACGGCUCUCCCCGGCAUUUUUCUCUCCAACGUACGCUCACUGGGCAAUAAGAUGGACGAACUCAGCCUGCUCAUGAGAAGAAACAAGGACUUCGCCACAUCCUGUGUCCUCUGCUUCACUGAGACCUGGCUAAAUGAGCGGAUCCCGGACUGCGCUCUGGAGCUGCAGGGCUUUGGGCUGUUUCGCGCGGAUCGCCAUUGUGCGCUCUCAGGGAAGAGCAGAGGCGGUGGGCUGUGUUUCUACGUCAAUACAAACUGGUGUAACGAUGUGACAGUGAUCUCCAAGCACUGCUCUCCUGCUCUGGAAUAUCUUUUCAUUCAUUGUAAACCAUAUUACUCCCCGCGGGAAAUUGUUUCAUUCAUUCUUGCCUCUGUUUACAUACCGCCAUGCGCGGACGCGCGCGAGGCUCAGCGCGCACUCGCAGAGCAAGUACUGUGUAUGGAACGCUUAUACCCGGACUCUCUGAUUAUUAUCCUGGGGGAUUUUAAUAAGGGAAACUUGAGCCAGGAAUUACCCAAAUACAGACAGUUUAUCAAAUGCCCGACCAGAGAGGAGAACACUCUGGAUCACUGUUACACCACCGUGCGCGGAGCUUUUCGCGCUGUUCCCAAGCCAGCCCUCGGCUUCUCAGAUCACUCCAUGAUACAUCUGGUUCCUGCUUACAGACAGAGACUAAAGCUCUCGAAACAUGCAGUGAGGAGCUCCAAAGUGUGGUCUGAUGAAGCUGUGGAAGAGCUGCGCGCAUGCAUGGAAUCUACAGACUGGGACCUUUUCAGAGCUGCCACAGACAGCUUGGAUGAAUAUACGGACACUGUGACGUCAUACAUCCACUUCUGUGAGGAUAGCAUCAUUCCAACAAGGACCAGGGUCAUCUAUAACAACGACAAACCCUGGUUCACUGCUAAACUCCGGCAGCUCAGGAAAGCAAAGGAGUCUGCUUUCAGGGAGGGGGACCGCAGCGGCUACAAAGCAGCUAAAUAUCAGUUCAGGAAAGAACUGAAAGCAGCCAAGUCCCGGCACAGAGAACGACUACAGGAGCAGUUUGCUAGUGACGAUCUGAACUUAUUUUUCAGUCGCUUUGAUGCUGCCCCUGACACCUCUCCCUCCCCCACCCCCCACUACUCUAACGACCCACCCAUCAGCCCUGCCCCCAGCCUAACAAUAGCCCCUAAAGAGAUUAAACAACUCUUCCUGAGGCUGCACCCCCGCAAAGCUCCUGGCCCGGACCACGUGUCUCCGGCCACUCUGAGACACUGCGCCAGUGAGCUUACUCCUGUGUUCACGGACAUUUUCAACUCCUCUCUGCAGUCCUGCCAUGUCCCGGCCUGCUUCAAAUCCUCCAUCAUUGUCCCCGUCCCGAAGAAGCCCAGGAUCACAGGACUCAAUGACUACAGACCUGUAGCACUUACGUCUGUCGUCAUGAAGUCAUUUGAACGCCUGGUUCUCUCCCAUCUCAAGUCCCUCACCUCCCCCCUCCUGGACCCCCUGCAGUUCGCCUACAGAGCCAACAGAUCUGUAGACGACGCCAUUAACCUGGCCCUCCACCACAUCCUACAGCACCUGGACUCCCCGGGGACCUACGCCCAGGGUCCUGACAAGCUCUCCCAGCUCAACGUGCCAGAUUCCACCUGCAGGUGGAUCACUGACUUCCUGACGGACAGGAAGCAGCGAGUGCGUCUGGGGAAGAAUGUCUCGGACUCUCGGAUUAUAAAUACAGGAGCCCCACAGGGCUGUGUUCUUUCUCCCCUGCUCUUCUCCCUGUACACCAACCACUGCACCUCCAGCCACGACUCCGUGAAGCUGAUCAAGUUCGCGGACGACACCACCCUCAUUGGACUCAUCUCCAACAACGAUGAGUCCGCCUACAGGAGGGAGGUGGACCGGCUGGUGUCCUGGUGCAGUGGUAACAACCUGGAGCUGAACGCCCAGAAGACAGUGGAGAUGAUUGUGGACUUCAGGAAGAGCACUGUCCCCCCGCCCCCACCCUCCGUGAUGGACUCCCCCAUCACCUCUGUGGAGUCCUUCCGUUUCCUGGGCACCACCAUCACCCAGGACCUCAAGUGGGAGCCGACCAUCAGCUCCCUCAUCAAGAAGGCCCAGCAGAGGAUGUACUUCCUGCGGCAGCUCAGGAAAGCCAAGCUGCCUGCACAGAUGUUGGUGCAGUUCUACACGGCCAUCAUCGAGUCCAUCCUCACCUCCUCCAUCACCGUGUGGUUCGCUGGAGCCACAGUCAGGGACAAACAGAGACUACAGCGCAUUGUGCGCUCUGCAGAGGAAGUGAUCGGCCGCAGCCUUCCAUCGCUGCAGGACCUGUACGUCGCCCGAGCUCGAGGCCGGGCUGGUCGUAUCACAGCCGACCCCUCUCACCCUGCACAUGGACUAUUCCAACCACUCCCCUCAGGCAGGAGGCUGCGGUCCAUCAGGACUAGAACCUCCCGCCACAAGAACAGUUUCUUCCCCUCUGCUGUUGGACUCUUGAACACUUCUUAA